UCCGCUCUCGCGUGACGUCACGACGCAAAGGCCCCGUCCACCUCCUCGCGCCUCCAUUCCGGGCGCCCCACGCGGCCUCGUCGCUUCAGCUGCCCGCGAGAAACGUCGCCCGGGACGACGACGCCGCCGCCGCCGAGGAGGAGGAGACGAGGAGGAGGAGGAGGGCGAGAGGGGGGAGACGAGGAGGAAGCGAGGGGGGAGACGAGGCGGGCGAGCGGAGGGCGAGAGGGAGGGGAGGCCUCUACCGCAUGGAGAAGGCGAUGGAGACGCAGGACUCUGCUCCCGACUGCUGGGACCAGGACGCGGAGGCCAUGAACGCCGCGGUGACGAACCUCAACGUGAACGCAGCCGUCUUCGUGCCCUCCUUCCUCAUGAGCGAGCCCUCGUCCACGCCGCUCGUGGACAGCAAACCCAGAGCGCCCGAGUUGGACUCCAGCACAAAGACAGGAGCGCCGCUGGAGAACGGAGAGCCCGAGUCUGCCGAGAGUUGGGAGGAGCGCGGCGAGCCGGAACAACCGGACGGGGGCGGCGGAGGCGGAGGGGGGGGCGGCCCCCCCUCGGACGAGCCCCCCCCUCCUCCUCCCCCCCAGGACGUGGGGGGGGGCGGCGGCGAGGACGCGGGGGGGGCGGCCCCCCCUCCGGGCGAGAGCGGGGGCCCGGGCGGGGCGGAGGAGGCCCCCGAGGAGGAGGAGGGGGACGGGGAGGGGGUCCCCGUCCCGGCGCCGGUGCCCAAGCCCUCGGAGGGGCCGCGCAAAGACCACGUCAACGUGGUGUUCAUCGGCCACGUGGAUGCUGGCAAGUCAACAAUCGGAGGGCAGAUCAUGUACCUGACGGGCAUGGUGGACAAGAGGACGCUGGAGAAGUACGAGCGAGAAGCGAAAGAGAAGAGCAGAGAGAGCUGGUACCUGUCGUGGGCCCUGGACACGAACGUGGAGGAGCGCGAGAAGGGCAAGACGGUGGAGGUGGGGCGCGCCUACUUCGAGACGUCAAACAAACAUUUCACCAUCCUGGACGCGCCCGGCCACAAGAGCUUCGUGCCCAACAUGAUCGGCGGAGCGUCGCAGGCCGACCUCGCCGUGCUGGUGAUCUCGGCGCGGAAGGGCGAGUUUGAGACGGGCUUCGAGCGGGGCGGGCAGACGCGCGAGCACGCCAUGCUCGCCAAGACGGCGGGCGUCAAGCACCUCGUGGUGCUCAUCAACAAGAUGGACGACCCCACGGUGCACUGGAGCCAGGAGAGGUAUGAGGAGUGCAAGGAGAAGCUGGUUCCCUUCCUGCGCAAGGUCGGCUUCAACCCCAAGAAGGACAUCCACUUCAUGCCGUGCUCGGGCCUCACGGGGGCCAACCUUCGCGAGGCCUGCACCUCCGUGUGCCCCUGGUACAGCGGGCUGCCCUUCAUCCCCUACCUGGAGAGCCUCCCUUGCAUGUACCGCUCGUCAGACGGACUCAUCCGCAUCCCCAUCGUCGACAAGUACAAGGACAUGGGCACAGUGGUGCUGGGAAAGCUGGAGUCGGGCAGCAUCGUCAAGGGGCAGCAUCUCGUCAUGAUGCCCAAUAAGAGUGGUUUGACAAGCGACGCAUGCCCACACCGAGGAGGCAGCCCACGUCCUUGA